GCGUCACCGGCAACGCCGUGUCCCUUCGCCGCGGCACCGCGCUCGUUAGACCUGCGCUCUCAAUGUCCUUUCCCCGGUGUGCCCUGCUGUGGGCUCGGCUCCCGGCGGGGCGCCGCGCCGGACACCGGGCGGCCGUCUGCUCCGCCCUCCGCGCUCACCGCGGGCCCGUCCCCGGGCCUCUGGGGCGCACUCCCGCCGUUGCCUCCGCCUCCUCUUCUGCGUCCGGAGGUUCCAAAGCCCCCAACACGUCCCUGUUUGUGCCGCUGACGGUGAAACCUCAGGGCCCCAGCGCGGAUGGCGACGUGGGGGCCGAGCUCACCCGGCCCCUGGACAAGAAUGAAGUAAAGAAGAUCUUAGACCAGUUUUACAAGAGGAAAGAAAUUCAGAAACUGGGUGCUGAUUAUGGACUCGAUGCUCGUCUCUUCCAUCAAGCUUUCAUAAGCUUUAGAAAUUAUAUCCUGCAGUCUCAUUCCUUGGAUGUGGACAUUCACAUUAUUUUGAAUGAUAUUUGCUUCAGUGCAGCUCAUGUGGAUGACUUAUUUCCAUUUUUCUUGAGACAUGCAAAACAGAUAUUUCCUGUGUUGGAAUGUAAGGAUGAUCUACGUAAAAUCAGUGACUUAAGAAUACCGCCUAAUUGGUACCCAGAAGCCAGAGCCAUACAGCGGAAGGUAAUAUUCCAUUCAGGCCCCACAAACAGUGGAAAGACUUACCAUGCAAUCCAGAAAUACUUGUCAGCAAAAUCUGGAGUGUAUUGUGGUCCUUUAAAAUUACUGGCACAUGAGAUCUUCGAAAAGAGUAAUGCUGAGGGUGUGCCAUGUGACUUGGUAACAGGUGAAGAGCGCGUGUCAGUGGAGCCAAAUGGGAAACAGGCUGCCCAUGUUGCUUGUACUGUUGAGAUGUGCAGUGUUACAACUCCUUAUGAAGUGGCUGUGAUUGACGAAAUUCAAAUGAUUAAAGACCCAGCCAGAGGAUGGGCCUGGACCAGAGCACUUCUAGGACUGUGUGCUGAAGAGGUUCAUUUAUGUGGAGAAGCUGCUGCUAUUGACUUGGUUACUGAGCUUUUGUACACGACUGGGGAGGAAGUGGAGGUUCGAAACUAUACAAGGCUUACACCCAUUUCUGUGCUGGAUCAUGCAUUAGAAUCUUUAGACAACCUUCGGCCUGGGGACUGCAUUGUCUGUUUUAGCAAGAAUGAUAUUUAUUCUGUGAGUCGACAGAUUGAAAUUCGGGGAUUGGAAUCAGCUGUUAUAUAUGGCAGUCUCCCACCUGGGACCAAACUUGCUCAAGCAAAAAAGUUUAACGAUCCUGAUGAUCCAUGCAAAAUCCUGGUUGCUACAGAUGCAAUUGGCAUGGGACUUAAUUUGAGCAUAAGAAGAAUUAUUUUUUAUUCCCUUAUAAAGCCCAGUAUCAAUGAAAAGGGAGAGAAGGAACUAGAACCAAUCACCACUUCUCAAGCCUUGCAGAUUGCUGGCAGAGCUGGUAGAUUCAGUUCGAAAUAUAAAGAAGGAGAGGUUACAACAAUGAAUCGAGAAGACCUCCGUUUAUUAAAGGAGAUUUUGAAUAAGCCUGUCGAUCCUAUAAAGGCAGCUGGUCUUCAUCCAACUGCUGAACAGAUUGAAAUGUUUGCCUACCAUCUGCCUGAUACAACACUGUCCAAUCUCAUUGAUAUUUUUGUAGACUUUUCACAAGUUGAUGGGCAGUAUUUUGUCUGCAAUCUGGAUGAUUUUAAGUUUUCUGCGGAGUUGAUCCAGCAUAUUCCAUUAAACCUGCGAGUAAGGUAUGUGUUCUGCACAGCCCCUAUCAACAAGAGGCAGCCUUUCGUCUGCUCUUCACUCUUACAGUUUGCCAGGCAGUAUAGCAGGAAUGAGCCAUUGACCUUUGCAUGGUUACGCCGAUAUAUUAAAUGGCCAUUACAUCCACCUAAUAAUAUUAAAGACCUCAUGGAUCUUGAAGCUGUCCAUGAUGUCUUGGAUCUUUACCUGUGGCUAAGCUAUCGGUUUAUAGAUAUGUUUCCAGAUGCCAGCCUUGUUCGAGACCUGCAGAAAGAGCUAGAUGGCAUUAUCCAAGAGGGUGUACACAACAUCACCAAACUCAUUAAAAUUUCAGAGGCACAAAGGCUGUUGAAUUUGGAGAAUGUGUCAGCAGACAGCCGGUCUCGUUUGCCAGGAACAUUGAAGAGCCAAGCAAGAAGGAUGCGCGGUACCAAAACUUUAGGGUAUAAAGCUGCUGAGCCACCCAGCCCCAGUGCGGAAGAGAAAUCCCUUGCUUCCAGGUUGGUGCAGCAAGGACUCCUCACUGCAGACAUGCUGAAACAGCUGGAGAAGGAGUGGCUGACACAGCAGACUGGGCACGGCAGAGACAGGACAGAGCCUGGGACUUCCUCCAAAGGGUCAAGAAGAAAGAAGAAGGAACCUGAUUCAGAUUAGGUUUAUUUUAUUUUAUUUUUAUUUUGCAAAUAAAUAUCUAUUUUAAAAUUCU